AUGGAGACUGCCGCGAGCUUGGCUUGGGGAUGGUUCGACGAAAGGAAACGACGAGUGAGUUACGUCUACGAGCCAUGCAUCGGCGAAGGAAAUGGACGGGAAGCCCUACAGAUCAGCACGACUCACAACCUCAUCCGCAGCUAUGACCUUCACCGUCACAUGGAAUUCAUCCGCCCUAGACUCGCAGAAUAUUCAGAUCUCACUUUAUUCCACUCGCCGGACUACAUAUCAUUCCUCCGCUCAGUCACGCCGGACUACGUCGACGCGGCUAGGUCCAAAGCCCUAACCGAUACUUCACUCAAGCGCUUCAACUUAGACGAGUGGGACUCCCCUGUCUUCCGUGGCCUCUUCGAUUAUUGCCUUAUAUACGCUGGUGGUUCUAUUGGAGCCGCCGGCAAACUGAGCCGAAACGAAGCUGAUAUCGCCAUCAAUUGGUCCGGCGGGAGGCACCGUGCAAAGAGAGAUAAGGCUUGUGGCUUUGGCUAUGUCAACGACGUUGUGCUUGGGAUCCUCGAGUUGCUCAAGGUCUUCAAGCGAGUGCUCUACAUAGAUAUCGGCUAUUACCAUGGGGAUGCAGUACAAGAAGCGUUCAACAAAACCGACAGAGUUAUGACUCUUUCUUUCCACAAAAGAACAGGAGAUAUAACAGACUACGGGGUAGGAAAGGGAGAGUACUAUUCUCUAAAUGCACCACUGAAGAAUGGUUUGAACGAUGUAAAUUUCACCACUUUAUGCGUACCUGUUAUCCACAAGGCUAUGGAGGUUUAUCAACCAGAAGCAAUUGUUCUUUUGUGUGGCCCUGAUUCACUAGCUGGUGAUGAGUUGGGUAAAUUCAACUUGACUAUCAAGGCUCACGCUGCUUGUCUCCGGUUCAUAAGAUCAUUUAAUGUUCCUCUCAUGCUCUUUGGUGGUCAAGGUCACACCCUUGGAAAUGUUGCCCGUUGCUGGUGCUAUGAGACGGCUGUUGCGGUUGGAAAAGAUCUUGACGACAAUCGCCCUAUGAGAGUGGACGACGAGUGUUUUGCCCCACAUUAUCAACUUCAUAUCGAGCCAAACCCCAUGGAGGAUUUAAACACAGACAAAGAUAUUGAAAAAAUAAAGAAGACAUUACUGACGCAACUUUCGCAAGUGAUACACGCACCUAGUGUGCAGUUCCAAGACACUCCACCAAUCACUCAAGUUACAGAAGCAGCGGAAGAGGAGAUGGAUACGAGACAAAGUCAACAUAUAAUGUGA